AAUCCUGCAUUUCCCUACCAACUCAGUACGACCACGAGGGCAGAAACAGAGCGGAGGAAGGCAAGCCAUGGAGGAGGCGGAGGAGGUGAAGGAGAUGAGCGAGCUGCUCUCCAUCCCCAAGACCCCACGGCCGCCGGUGUCGGGGCCGCCGUCCCAGCUCCACUCGCCCUCGCUCACGAGGUCGCCGAUGCUCCACUCGCCGACGCCCCAGACGCCGAGGCCGAGCGAGCUGCACUCCAUCCCCGCCACGCCACGGCCGCCGGUAUCGGGGCCGCCGUCGCAGCUCCACUCCCCCUCGCUCACGAGGUCGCCGCUGCUCCAUUCGCCGACGUCCCAGACGCCGAGGGCGAGCGAGCUGCACUCCAUCCCUGCCACGCCGCGGCCGCCGGUGUCUGCGCCGCCGUCCCAGCUCCACUCCCCCUCUCUCACGAGGUCUCCGCUGCUCCAUUCCGCGACGCCACGGACGCCACGGACGCCGCGGUUCGCGCGGACGCCGCUCGCCAGCCCCAUGCGCCGGGCCAUCGUCAACAUGCGGGCGUACCUGGAGGACAUCGGCCAUCUCACCAAGCUCGACCCCCACGACGCCUGGCUCCCCAUCACCGAGUCCCGCAACGGCAACGCCUACUACUCUGCCUUCCACACCCUCAGCUCCGGUAUAGGUUUCCAAGCCCUGGUUUUACCCCUCGCCUUCACCUUCCUCGGCUGGACAUGGGGAAUUCUGUGCUUGUCCGUGGCAUUUGCCUGGCAACUCUACACGCUCUGGUUGCUCGUCCAACUCCACGAAUCAGUCCCCGGAACUCGCUACUGCAGAUACAUGCAUUUGGCGGAAGCCACCUUCGGUGCGAAGCUGGGGAAAUGGCUGGCCCUGUUUCCCAUCUUCUAUCUCUCGGCUGGGAUAUGCACUGCCAUCAUAAUCGUGGGUGGGGGAGCCAUGAAGCUCUUCUUCGAGAUCGUCUGCGGCGCAACGUGCGAUUCCAAGCCACUGACGGCCGCAGAAUGGUACCUGGUCUUCACCUGCCUCGCGGGGGUCCUGUCGCAGCUCCCCAACCUCAACUCCAUAGCGGGAGUUUCUCUGAUCGGCUCCGUCACCGCCGUCACCUACUGCACCUUGAUUUGGGUCAUCUCCGUGAGCAAGGGCAGGCUACCCGGAGUCUCCUACCACCCGGUUGAAGCCAAAUCCGAUGUCGACCGAGUGCUGGGAAUCCUAAAUGCUCUGGGAAUAAUUGCCUUUGCUUUCAGAGGCCACAAUCUUGUUCUCGAGAUCCAGGCGACGAUGCCGUCAAGUCUGAAGCAUCCUUCCCGGGUGCCGAUGUGGAGAGGAGUGAAGGCAGCAUACCUGAUAAUAGCAUUCUGUUUGUACCCCAUAGCAAUCGGUGGUUUCUGGGCUUACGGCAACAUGAUACCUUCGAACGGGAUGCUGACUGCUCUGUACGCGUUCCACGGCAAGGACACCUCCAGAAUUCUUCUGGGCUUGACGGCGUUGCUCGUCGUCGUCAACUGCCUCAGCUGCUUCCAGAUCUACGCCAUGCCCAUCUUCGACAGCAUGGAGGCGGGAUACACCAAGAAGAAGAACAGGCCCUGCCCGCGCUGGCUUCGCUCCGCCUUCCGAGCGUUCUUCGCCGGCAUCUCCUACUUCAUGGCCGUGGCCUUCCCCUUCUUAUCCGAUCUCGCCGGCCUCAUCGGGGGAAUGGCAUUGCCCGUCACCCUCGCUUACCCAUGCUUCAUGUGGAUUCUCGUCAAGAAACCCGAACGAUACAGCGCCAUGUGGUACAUCAACUGGGUGCUGGGCAGCGCCGGCAUGGUCCUGAGUCUCAUCUUGACGAUCUCAGGCGUAUGGAACCUGGUGAAGACAGGCAUCGACGUACGUUUCUUCAAGCCUCAGUAAAGAUCAAGAGCAGAAGAUCAAGAACAUAAACAGAGCAUCAAUGGCGUCCACAGUUCUCCAUGGUUUUGUUUGUACACCCAGCAGUCAUGAUUCUUCUGAUCAUACAAAGCCCAUGUGACACUAUAUCAUUCAAUUUAUCCGACUGAUAUGACAACAUUUAUGUGAUC